AUGGAAUCUUCCAAAACAUCAAAGUUCUCAUCACUAGGUUCUCAGUUUAAGAGUUUGAGCACCAUGGAGCCACACUACAUACCAUGUAUGAAACCAAAUAACCUUUUUAAGCCAGAAAUAUUUGACAACAUUAAUAUUCUGCAUCAACUUAGGGAGUCAUGGAAGCCAUUAGAAUCAGUUGUACUAGGGAAGCCUUUCAAUGAAUUUUUGACCCGGAUCAAAAUUUUAGCUCCGGUUACUACAAAAGAGAAGAUUGGGAAGACGAAGGUGUUUCUAAGGGCAGGUCAAAUGGCAGAAUUGGAUGCUCAUCGAGAUGAAGUUCUUGGUCAUUCAGCAUGCCUUAUACAGAGGAAAGUUCUCUCUUAUGAGUCUCGAAAACAUGGUUUAAUGUCAGGAACUCUGAUCAGGAGCUGA